AUGGUUGACGCUAACUUUGUGCUCUCCAUAAUUUUCGUUUAAAUGGCCAAAAAAUUUAUUAAUAUUUUUGUCAGCGUUUUGCUCGUCAUUAUGCUGCAAUCAGUUACUAACCAGGCCUCAAACAUCAAUGAUCCAUACUUUGUUGGCGGUGUAGUAGAAUUUCGUCCCGACUUUGUCGGUCUAACGGCAGCGGAAUUGAUAGCCAAACACACGGCUGCAUACAUAGAAAUACUGGAAUCACCUGAGGCACUUGAUACUGAUAUUGUAGUCUUCCCCGAAGGUACACUUAACAAUGAAUUCCAACCCACCUAUGUGCCAGCUCCGGAAGGGGCGGUAAUACCGUGUCUACUGGCAAACCAGACCAAUCACUAUGAAACCUUCCUGGUUCAAUUAUCUUGUAGUGCUCGUGCGAACCGUAAAUAUGUGGUUAUAAAUUUAAACGAAAAGGAAAAUUGUACUGACAAUGCGGCUUUCGAUCCACGACCCUGUGCUACAAACGGUCUAAACAUGUACAACACGAAUGUGGUGUUCGAUCGUGAGGGCCGUGUCAUAUCACGCUACCGCAAGUUUAAUAUCUAUUUAGAGCGCAAAAAUACAACAUAUCAGCCAGAGUUUGCUAUAUUCGAUACGGAUUUCGGCGUGAGGUUCGCACAUUUCAUAUGCUUCGAUUUACUUUUCUACACACCAGCUGAGGAGCUGGUAGAUAAAUAUGGCAUUAGGAAUAUCAUCUUUACCAGCAUGUUCUACUCCGAAACUCCUUUUCUUACAGCCAUACAACUACAACAAUCCUGGGCUUGGGGCAAUAAUGUUACACUGCUCGCAGCUGGUGGUAGUUAUCCGAUGGCUGGUGCUACAGGUUCUGGUAUCUACGCAGGUAGUGGUGGCAGUCUCUCUACUGCAAUGAUAGGCACAAUAGGCGUGCGUCAACUAUUGGUAGCGAAAGUACCUAAAUUUGGCAACGAAAGUAGUCCACAAGUAACUAGAACCAGACAGUUCGCUGAUGUAUCAGCAACGCCACAAACCGGCAUAAAAUUGCUUCGCGACCCGCAAUUAGAUAACUUUAAUUCCGUGCUGCUACCACUAACUCCCUCGACCGCCAUUUCUGUAGAGCAGUGCGCCGAAGAUCUGUGUUGUACAUUAACGGGCGAAACUACAACUAGUAAAAACUCGUACGGUAAUGGCACUGCCACCGGAGCUUAUCGAUACCGUUUUGGUGUUUUCACUGGCCAACGCACAUACGAAAAGGAACAGUACAGCUCUGUCGCCAUUUGUGCUCUGUACGCAUGUACCAAUGAAACGGUGUCCAGUUGUGGUCUUCUAUUCGCUGCAAAUACAACGAUUGUGCCUGAAAUAGCUUUCACACGUUUAAACAUUGCUGGGAGCUUCAAAAAAACAGAACGCCUACUGGUAAUGCCAAACACAUUGGAUUUGAGUCUUUACUCGUUGCAGCCAGAGCAGGUGGACUGGGAGUUUGCGGACAAAGGCAACUCUUAUGCUGCCUCAAUAGAUUUAAAAGCUUCCGCGGACAACCUGCUGGCUUUUGGUAUCUACGCAAACUACUAUGACAGCUCGUCAGCACCGAAAUAUGGUGGAUCCAUGGCAAUGUUGGUUACGUGCCUGUGGCUCUGGACCAGCAUUUAUGUGAUUGACUUUUUGCACAAACGAUUUUUUAGUCUUAAAUUUGUAUGUAAUAAUUAAUUAUUACGGCAAAAUUACUCACGGUUGUGCUAAAAUUUUCAAAACAUGUUUAGUCUGACGUAAAGGAUAUCCAACCGCUUAUAACUAUGAUUGGACUCUCGUAUCGUCUGCGAUUGUAUGACCUUUUCCAUCGU